UUUGAGAGCUGCUCGCUAUAUACGAGAUGGGGGGACGAUCAGUAUCUAAAUUAGACGAUGAAUUGUAUAUUUGGAAUUGACUUGCUGACUUCUACCGCUCAACACACCUAAGUCGAGGACGGAAUACAGAGAUUUGAGACUUGAGAUUUGAGGUGAGAUUCAAUGUUAUUUCAAGCAACGAAUGUCUAAUCGGAAUUAAGAGUUGUGGGACUAAUUAAAGGAAUAGAAUAUAAAACAACAUACCGCCUUGAUAUUUCCAACUUUCAACAGGUAGAUCUUGCUCAGGCACUGUAGCCAAAGUACCCAAGUACCUACAUACAUAUCGGUCGUUCGGAUAAGUAUACGCGCCGUAUGCAAUGUGUCGACUCUCUACCGGUUAGAUUAUGACAUAGUUUACUUGGAAUAGCUUCAAGAGUACUCGACUAAUAAUAAAAUGGUUGAUGUCACGUAUUGAUCCAGUAGAUGUAAGUGUAAGUUCAUAAAGUUCAAACCGGCGGCUUUAAUUUAAUCAUUGGACCAUUUAAAAAUGUUAACCCGUUGAUAGCCAUUCUGCCAUUCUGCUGCCAAUAAUAGUAUAAUAUUAAUUUACCCCACCAUUCACCAGAACAGGAAGCUGGAAAGUGUUUGUUCGACUUUACUCCGUACAUCCUCAUGUUCACAAUUAAACCACGAAUCUCUACAAAGUCAAUAUCGACGCUUCUAGAAUCAUCGAGGUUUACUUUUUCUCUCAAGGAUAGAACUUCACCCAAGCCAGCAUUCUGUUUUUCCAAUCUCUACAGUCCGUCAAGAAUCCGUAUCUCAACUUAUCUUAACCCCGCAGUCAAGUUACACCAAGCUCGAAAAGUAAAAAUGGCACCUCAGCUCGAUGGCUACUUCAAGCAGGUAGAUUCUUUGUCGGAUCAUUUUAUCGAAAGACUCCGCAAAGCAGUUGCCAUUCCAUCUGUUUCCGCAGAUGAAGAACGAAGGCCCGAUGUUGUUCGCAUGGGAGAGUUCUUAGCUGAUGAGCUCACUGCACUGGGUGCCCAAGUCGAAAAGCGACCAUUGGGCAAGCAACCUGGAAUGGAGCAUUUAGAGCUUCCCCCCGUAGUGAUCGCGCGAUAUGGAAAUGACAAGAAGAAACGCACCAUUCUCGUCUACGGUCAUUACGAUGUGCAACCUGCCGGGAAAGAAGACGGUUGGGCCACAGAACCAUUCGAGCUUACUAUUGAUGAUAAAGGAAGAAUGUAUGGCAGAGGCAGUACGGAUGAUAAGGGUCCGGUUCUUGGUUGGCUCAAUGCAAUUGAAGCCCAUCAGAAAGCUGGUGUUGACUUUCCAGUCAAUCUGUUGAUGUGCUUCGAAGGGAUGGAAGAAUACGGUUCAGAAGGCUUAGACGACUUCAUUAAAGAGGAGGCCGAUAAAUUUUUCGCAGAUACCGACGCUGUAUGUAUUUCCGAUAACUACUGGCUUGGUACCGAGAAGCCAUGCCUUACUUAUGGUAAGCUGUUUUGCAAUCCAUCCUGUAUCAUUUCUCCUCCUUCAGAUGCUCUGGGAGUCUUCGUUUAUUUGGCCUGAGUCGGUACUAAUUUACUAUACACAGGUCUUCGCGGUUGCAGUUAUUAUUCCAUUGAAAUUUCAGGUCCCGGCCAAGAUCUCCACAGUGGAGUCUUUGGAGGUACUGCUCAAGAGCCCAUGACUGAUUUGGUGAGAGUGCUUGGUAAUCUAGUAGACACGGAUGGCAAGAUUCAGAUACCAGGCUUGGCUGAACUUGUUGCUCCCCUCACAGAUGAGGAGAAAUCCCUUUACGGUGAUAUUGCAUUCACCAUGGACAACCUACAUGAAUCAUUAGGUAGCCAGACAACCAUCCACAACGACAAGGAGAACACACUUAUGGCCCGUUGGAGAUACCCAUCGCUCUCAAUUCAUGGCGUUGAGGGUGCAUUCUCUCAGCCUGGUGCCAAGACAGUUAUUCCAGCCAAAGUGACCGGAAAGUUCUCUAUUCGAACUGUUCCAAAUAUGGAACCCGAGGAUGUGGAUCGUCUCGUUUUCAAGUAUGUCGAUGAAGAAUUUAAAAAACUAGGCAGCAAGAAUACUAUACGAUGCUUCUUGCAACAUGCUGGUAAGUGGUGGGUCGCCAGUCCAAAGCACUGGAACUUUUCAAGCGCUGCAAAAGCUGUUGAGAGAGUCUGGGGUGUCAAGCCUGACUUGACUCGAGAGGGAGGAAGGUAAGUCACUCUCAUCAGCUACAUGGCUCGCUACAUGGCUCGCAAUAAUGUUAAUGUUUCUUCCUAGUAUUCCCGUCACCUUGACUUUUGAGCAGGCCACUGGCAAGAAUGUCCUUCUCCUGCCCAUGGGUAGCUCUACUGACGCAGCCCACUCAAUAAACGAGAAGUUGGACAAGAGAAACUAUAUUGAGGGUAUCAAGUUGUUGGGCGCAUAUUUGCAUUAUGUGGCGGAGGAACCAAUGGUAGAGCAAUAAGUAGCAAUACCGUGGCAAACUUCUCUGCAAAAGCUAUUUGUCUUACACAGAGGGUUUAGCAUCAAACGAUAGGAUUCUAUGCAUGUUGUCUCUACGCUGUUGUGAACAGAAUGAAUUUAAUUUAUUUGCGUGCAUCAUCACCAUCAUCAUGCUAUUAUCAUGUCAUUCUA